AAAGUUUGAUGUCUGUGCUCAAGAAGCUCAAAAUGUCUAAAAUCUGUACCCAUUCGGGCUCCUUCCAUGCCGACGAGUCUCUUGCUGUUUAUAUGCUUCAACAAUUACCAAAAUACAGCCAGUACGAUUUAAUUAGGUCCAGAGACCCUAAGGACUGGGAAGAAAGUGAGAUUGUCAUCGAUGUGAGUGGAAAGUACGAUGGUGAAAAGUACUUUGACCACCAUCAAAGAGAGUUCUUUGAAACAUUUCCAGGGUUCAGUACCAAGUUGAGUAGUGCUGGGUUAAUCUACAAGCACUUUGGACAAGAUAUCAUCAAACACAAAUUGAAUCUUACCGACAGUGUACAAGACUCCGAGAUAAUCAAGGGAAUCUGGGAAAAGAUAUACAAGGAGUUCAUUGAAAGUAUUGAUGCUAACGACAACGGAAUCAGCAAAUACGAUGAGUCUGCUACCGCUAGUUUAGAACCAAAAUUCGUCGACAGAAGCUUGAUGUUGCCAAGUAUUAUUGCCAACUUAAACCCGCAGUGGUACAACGACCCUACCCCAGAAGACUUUGAUAAGCAAUUUUUAAAGAGCAGUGCCUUGAUGGGACAGGUGUUUGAAAACGUGUUAGAAUAUCAUGGAGUCUCUUGGGUCAAAUCCAAGGCUAUUGUGGAAGAUGCCAUAAAAGGUAGGUUUGAUGUGGACAAGUCUGGGGCUAUUAUCAAGUUAGAAAAAUACUGCCAAUGGAAAACCCACUUAUAUAAUACCGAAAAGGAGCUCGGAAUCGAAGAGGCUAUCAAGUUUGUAUUGUACAAAGAUUCUUCCAACAGUUGGAGAAUUAGCACUGUUUCUGUCAAUAGUGGAUCGUUUGAGUUCAGGUUGGGAAUCAAAGAGAAAUGGAGAGGAAUCAGAGAUGAGGAGUUGAGCAAAAUGGUUGGUAUUGAAGACGGUAUUUUUGUUCACGCAAACGGAUUUAUUGGAGGGGCCAAGUCGUUCGAGAGUGCUUUGAAGAUUGCCCGGGAGAGUUUAUAAUUUAUUAUAUAUUUAUUUAAUCCAAAAACACAAAUUAGGAAGAGAGAAGAGGUUUAAAAAAAGAUAGAGGAUCCAAAGAGUUUCUAGCCCAGUUCUGUUACCACUGUGACUGGCACGCCAAAAUCAGGAUUAUUUCUGGGCAUAUCUUGGCUCCUGUGUGAAGCCUUGGAUUUGGAAUAAGCAGCCAUUAUUGUUGAAAACGUGGGACUAGAGAUUUCAGAAUGGAGGAGAAGGAGUUGACAGUUAAAGAACCAAUUGUUAAGUGAAAAACGUUGGGUAUUGUAAAAUUGUCGUUUAUAUAAGGUAUGAGGCUUCUAAUCGUGACUGACAUGAAGGUGCUGCAAGGUGGUGCUUAGGCAGUACAUUCAAUAGACUAACUUUCCAGAGUCUCACAUGGGUACAGAGAGUUGAAAUAAG